UGACAAUUCACUGUUCCGAUAAUUGAAUCCAGCAACAAUAAUAAAUAAUAACACACAGAUGAGAAUACACAUGCACACUUUCAUAGAUACGUACGCACGUAUACGCACACGCAUGCACGCACAAAUGUAUUUGUACACCUACGCAUUUUUUUUCAAAAAUGCAAUAAUUAUACUACUUAAUUAAAUGAAUAAUAAAUGACAAAAAGAAAAAGUAAAAAAAAAAAGAAAACAAAAACAAAAUAAAAAUGAAUAAAAUAGAAAUUCUUUAACUGUAAAUAAGAAUUCAUACAUUUAUAAUUGGAUAAACUCUUGAUAAUAUUGAACUCAAAUUAUUAUAAGUUUGGCUUUAAGAUUAGCAUCUAUCAAAGAAACGUGUAGCUUUAUACAUCUAUAUAUAAAGAGAAAGAAAGAGAAGGAUAUAUAGAUACCGAUUUAUAAUAGGUGAAAGUGAUACAAAAGUCAAAUUGUUUACAGUUCCUUAUACAUUUACAAUAAAUUAUCAUGUCUAUUUCAUAUGUUGAUGAUAUAUCUGAUGGUCAAGGGAUAUUUAUCUUUGUCAAAAUACUUAGAAGAUGGAAAGGGAGUUUGUACAAAUUGGUAUGGGUCGACUUAUUAAUCUACAUCUCAGCUUAUUAUGUUUUAAAUCUAUCUUAUCGGUUUGCAAUGAAUGACAAGCAAAAAGUAAUUUUUGAAGAAAUUGUUGAAUUCUGUGUUCGAACUAAAGGUGAUAUACCUAUAUCAUUUUUAUUGGGAUUUUUUGUAUCUGGUAUAAUAUCACGUUGGUAUCAAAUGUAUUUAUAUAUACCAUGGAUGAAUCAAAUUGCACUUCAAAUUGCUUCAUCUAUCAAUGCAAAAAGUGAAGAAGGUUCACGUAAAAUUCGUUUAACUAUUAUGCGUUAUAUGAAUUUAGCCUGGGUAUUAAUGAUGAAACGUAUUUCAGAUCAAAUUGCAUGUCGUUUUAUUAAAAAUGAUGAUAUUGGUAGUUUACCAAGUGCAUUAGGUCCUGUAUUACCUAAACGUAAAUCAACAAAUCAUAAACAUUUAAUAAGUAGAAAUACAUGUCAACCAUGGUCAAUUGAUGCAAGUGAAGUAGUACGUACAUCACCAUCAAAAUCAAUAUUACAACAACAAUUAUCUCAAUCACAAUAUCCAAUACAAACUAAAUUAGAUAGUCCAUUAAAUAAUAUAUUUGUUCAACCACAAACACCUAAUUCUUCAGAUGUUCAUACACCAUUAGCACCAUUAGCUACAGAUGAAGAAUGUGGUGCAUUACCUGAUGCAUUUGAAGCAGCUGAUGUUGUAGAAUUAAGAGAAAUGUUAAGAGCAUUUAAUCAAGAUCAAAAAGUAAAAAGUUCAUUUGGUGUAUUAAUUACUGAAAAAGAAAUUUCAUCAUUUGAACGUAUAGCAGCUGAUUGGUUUCGACGUACAAAAACUAAUUAUACACCAGAAUAUUGGGUACCUAUACAAUGGGCUCAAAGAUUAACAUUAAAAGCAUUACAAAGUGGUUAUAUUGAUGAUCCUAAAGUAGCAUUUUAUACUGUUGAAAAUAUUGGUAGAGUUAGACAAAGUAUGCAGAAUUUACAAGUAUACAGUAGUAUUAUGAUUCCAUUAGUGUAUACUCAAGUUGUAAUUAUAGCAGUUUAUAGUUAUUUUAUGUGUCAAAUAUUUGCUUGUCAAUUUGUUGAACAUCGUAAUCAAAAUGGUCAACAUAAUGUGGAUUUAUAUGUCCCAAUUUUUAGUAUAUUCUCUUUCUUAUUCCUUAUGGGUUGGUUAAAGGUAGCUUUAUGUGUUAUGAAUCCAUUCGGUGAUGAUGAUGAAGAUUUUCAAACAUCAAAAAUUUUAGAUUAUAAUUUAGAUGUCAGUUAUCGAUCUGUAUUUAUGGAUCCUGAUGCAUUUCCAGAAAAUCUAUCAGCUCCAUCUGGAAAUAAACGAUCUGAUGAUAAUGAAUCAGAUGAUUUACAAAAAUUUUUAGAUCAAGUUGAUCAUGAAAUUGAAGAAGUUAGAAAUAAAGGAUUAUUAAAUGAUGUAUCUAACUUGGAAAUGCAUCCAUCAUUUUGUGAACGUGCAAGAAAUUUAUGUUGCUGUGAGAAAAAGAAACCACCACCACCUGCAAUUAUGGUUACAAACGUAGAUUACGGUGAGUAUCAACCGAUAUAUAAACAUAUAUAUAUUUAUCAUUUAAAUUUAUUUAUUCAAUGCAUAAAAUAA